AUGACGAAACUUUACGGAGGAGCCAUAAGCUGUGAUUUACCGGAAGUUGCGGUUGAUGUUUCUGAUUUUAGGGAAGUCCCAGACACUCAAGAAGUCUUUAUAUUAGAAAGACCAGAUGGGCUUGAUCGCUCUGUCAUCAUUGACUUGUUGGAGAUGGUCAAAGCCAACACCCUACCUGAGAUUAUCGCCAUACAUCUAGAGGACAUAAUCGACGGACCUCCUACAUUUUUAGCUCCCCUCGAGAGUUCCAAGACUGAAGAAGACUUUGAUGCACAUUUCUUCCUUGUGAAGCCCUCUCCAUCCAAGCAGGAGACAGAUGAGACCAAAUUAUUUAUGCUCAUUGCGUUAUUGAGGUUAGAGAAGGCAGAGAGUGAUUGUGUUUUCACAUUUAACAUCCCAUUGAAGUGCGGCGAUGUCACAGCAGAGCAGCUUCAUGCACAGAUGCUGGAAGUGACUAGCGGCGAUGGAGAGCUCGGCCGCUGCUUCCAGCAGCUCAAACACUGGGUUUCUACUUUCAAAAUUCAAGAUUGGAAUCUAUUCAGUUGA